UAAUUCACCAAAUCUGCAAUAUAAAAUAUCUUUCAACUGAAUAAAUUAAUUUCACAUCCUCUUAGAAUGUUUUUACUUGGACUGUUUUCAGUCUCAAACCAGAUUUAAACAGAUCAGAUUAGACUUAAACAGACCAGAUCAGACUUCUUUAGCUAUAAAAUACACAGAUAUCAGACUAUAUAUAAAUAGACCAAACAAACAAAUUACGGUUCAAAUAAAAACAUCCUUAAUUUUAUCCAAACAUUCUCAUAAAUGUAACAUAGUCAAUUAGUCACUCAUCUAACCAUCUAACAUUCACUUGAUAAUCCCAGGGUUCCUCAUUUUUUCCCCAUUGUUCCUCUUCCGAAUCGAAGAGAGAGCAAAGUAUAGCAGCUCAAUAAUCAAUAUCCCUCUGCUUCUGGCUGCCAGCAUCGGGCUCCGCCUUGAUUUUUUUACCAGUGCUCAUCCCUCAACCGACAACAUUACUCUCAAAAGCCAGAUUUCCCUCUGGUAGCUUUUGCAGUAAAGACCAUCCCGAGCUCGCAACUUCUUGUAUCGGAUUACUUAUUUGGCUUCCUGGUGCUCAAGACUAUCAUUGUUAAUCCGUUCUUGUGAGGUUUUGCAUGUAAUGUACUUGCGUAGCUUCCUAAUUGGAUUAUGAACUGAUCAUCUCCAAUUCUACCUGAAUAAUAUGGGCAGACAAAAUGCUUUCCUGUCUAAGGCAAUCGUCAUCAUCCAUAACAACCAGAAAUACCCAAUUUUCACAGUCAAGCAUGGACGGGAUUUCAGCUGCAAACACACCAAGGUCAAGUGACCAAGCCACACCUUCCUCUGUCAACCUCACCCUAGAAUAUACCCUCGCCAUUAAAACCGCUUCCUAUUGUGAAAUAUGGUCCAAGAUUCACUACAAAGUCUCAUCUUACCAUGAUGAUGGAGAGGAGGAACCACCCCAAGUAGAUAUACAAGAGAUCCUUAAACCAAGUCAUGAAUGUGUCAAAGAUGCACUUUCCCACAUUAGACCCAAUGACACCUUAAGCCAAUUUGUCAUCAACUACUUUGAACAUAGUGAACAAACGUUUCGGUUCUGUCUUUUCCUUGCCCAGUGCAUAAAUCGCGCUCACCGCUUGUAUUCCCCUCUUCAUAAGCUCAUUGAUCUAUUUUCCAUAGAUCCUGAAACCCUUACAAACUCUGCUCAUAGUAACAAGGUUGAUCCUAACUUAUCCCCAACCCAUUGUGAGUGGGUAUUUGAUGCCUUUCAUGAGUUCGAGAAACUAGACAAUCCCUUCCCGGGCCCAGAAUCCCAUAGCUUCAGCAACAUGCAUAGCUCCUUCACUCAACUCAAGCAAUAUCUUGAUGUUCACCUGCAAAAGUCGCGCUCUAAGCAUUAAUAAAACCAGCGAUCAUUAGAAGAAUUAAUCCCAGAGAGAAGUCACAGACUCCCCCCCUCCUUCCCUUGCGAUCUUACUGCACUCUUCCAACCACGGGCAAGAAGAGGCGUAACCCUAGCAGGCAGGUUACCACCUCAACCGGGCACCCUGCUACCCCAAGUCAUCCCUGGACCCGUUCUCAGUCCCAGAACCCUAACAAUUUGGUAUCAGAGCCGUCAAGAUCCAUGGCGCCACCGCAAGAUGAUUUUUAACCACUAUGAUGGAGUUUAUGGAGGCUAUGACUACUAGGGUAACCGCCAUAGAAGGGCAGAUUGCUUGCUCUGUCUCUGGCAUUCCACAAACUUGAUUCCAAAUCAAUAGAAACACAUGAAGAGCCACCCGAUAACAACCUGAUAUCACAUAGCACCUGGAAGCCACAGUAUGUGAAGAUGGAAUUUCCUGGGUUUGAUGGCACCUAUGACCCUACCAGUUGGUUGAAAAGGUGCGAAAAAUUCUUCUAGAACCAAGAAACUCCUGCUGUUGAAAAGGUCAUUAUCAGCAGAGAUGCUAGCAUUGAUCAUAAGAGAUAUAGAACUCUGCAGGAAAUAUAUGAUUCAAUCAGAAAGAUUGAAGAUGAAGUUGGCCUAUGCUUUCUAGCUGUUGAUGAGCCUAGAAACUAUGAGGAAGCAGCUGUGGAUAAGAACUCAGAGGAAGCAAUGAAACAAGAAAUCACCUCAGUAGAGAAGAAUGGAACCUGGGAACUUACUGAUAUCCCACAGAACCAGAAAGCCAUUGGACUAUCAAGAGGUAUUUGCACUUGUUGCAAGAUUAGAGACUCUUCUGGCCUUAGCUGCACAAAAAGGUUGGGAAGCACACCAUAUGGAUGUUAAGAUAGCUUUUCUAAAUGGUGAUUUGGAGGAAGAUGUAUUUGUGAAGCAGCCAGAAGGUUUUAUAGACAAGAAUAAUUCAAUAAUCCAAACAAAGUCUUUAAACUUCAUAAAGCCUUGUAUGGAUGAAAACGAGCACCAAGAUCAUGGAACCUCAAACUGGAUAAGUGUCUGAAGUCACUAACUUUUGAGAUUUGUCCUUAUGAAGAUGUGUAUAUCAGGCAGAAUGAGCAUCAUGUUAUGGUAGUAGGAGUAUAUGUUGAUGAUCUCAUUCUGACUGGAUCAAGUGGUGAGAUAAUACAUUGUUUCAAACUUGAAAUGCCGAAAAGUUUUGAGAUGAGUGAUCUGGUCUUGUUAAGUUACAAUCUUGAGAUAGAAGUACAACAAACAUGUACAGUGUUAGUUUGUGCCAGACAGGAUAUGCUAAGAAAUCUUUGAAAAGCUUGGAAUGGUUGAAUGCAAUCCUUGUUAUAUUCCAAUGGAACCAAGGAAAAAGUUGCGCAAGUAGGAAGGAGAUCCUAUGUCAAAUCCUACAUUCUACAUGAGUAUAAUAGGUAGUUUGAGGUAUCUUGUCAAUACAAGACCAGACUUGGCCUAUUCAGCAAGAGUGGUAAGCAUAUAUAUGGUAGCACCAAAGGCACACUUAAUCUAGGUUGUGUAUACAAGAAAUAUCAAUCAGGUGACGAACUAUAUGGGUACAGUGACAGUGAUCUAACAGGAGAUGUUGAUGGCAGAAAAAGCAACACAGGUAUUGCAUAUUUUUGGUGUCACAAAAACAAAGGGUGGUGGCCUUAUCCUCGUGUGAAGCAGAAUAUAUAACAGCUACACCUGGAACAUGUCAAGGGAUCUGGCAUUGAAGACUAAUGAAGAGUCUACCGUUCAGGGAGAAGAAGCCAAUAUUGUAUGUUGAUAACAAAUCUGCUAUCUCCCUAGCUAAGAAUCCAGUAUACCAUGAGAAGGGCAAACAUAUUGAUACAAGGUUUCAUUUCAUACGUUAAUGCAUUGAAGGAGAUGAGAUCAGGCUGGAAUAUGUGAGAACUGACAUUCUCACAAAACCACUCUCAAAGCAAGGGUGCAACUUAUCCGUGGUGCCACCAAGGGCACUGCCAUAUGCUUAAUUGUAACUACUUUUGGGGUAGUCUUAACCGCCGUUUUUAUAGCUGCUCAUGCUCUGGUUGCCUUGGUUGCUGCACCAGUGUGCCUUCUUCUUAUCCCUUCUAAGAUGACUCAGGAAGAAAUGGCCCAUCUAGUCCAACUCGAUGACGCAGCAAAGGGUUUGUUCGUCCUUCACAAUCACCUGGAAACUGUUGAUUGUUUGGUGGCUCGUUUGCAUAAUGCGAUGGAGGACUAUAAGCGCCUUGUCCGUUUCGGGAUUGAAAGAGGAAAGGACAGUUAUCCCAUCCAAGAGGUCAUUUGUCAACUCCAAAAAAAACACGACAAUUUCCUUGAACAGUUGACUGGUCUUGAGGAACAUUUGUGCCUUUGUCUUGCUGCAAUAAAUCGGGCCCGGUCUCUCCUCCUUAACUAUUUUCAUCUUCAUCAACAUCAUUCUUCAUAGUUUGUUUUUUAACACAUAACGGCAAAUUGUUCUUUACCGCUUCCAUUGGAGGAAAUUCUAUAUUUGUUUCACGUGAAACCAGUUUUGUUGAAAUGACUGAAUUAUUUUCAUAACAUAUUGUAAUUAGUCAAAGAAAAUAGUGGUAGAAAUGUCAAUUUUAUCAGUAUAUAGCUAAAAAAAGACUCGUGAGCUACUGAUUUUUAGUUAUAAAUUACUUUCAUCAAACGUGCUCUCAAGUCUCAAAGAGUCAAAGUUGAGGCAUUUGUAAUACUUCUCAUUCAAAUGACCAAAACCA